GCGGUGAGUGUGUGGCCGGAGUGGGGACCGAGCACCCGCCGGGUCUGGGCGCCGCGCCCACCGCCUGCCACUCCGCCCUCUCGCGGCGCCAUGGCCGCCUCCUCGCCGCCGCCGCUGCUCCUGGCGCUGCUGCUGCUGCUCCUCGCCGCGGGGCCGGCGAGCGGCCAAACGACAGAUGCAGACGCCAUCCACUUCCCGGAGGACAGCCGGCGGACGACAGACAGUGCUUCGUCCUACGACUGGGACGGCACAUCGGGCCCAGCCAACGCCUCAGGCAUAGGCCCAGCCAUUGGUCCAGCCAUCGGCCCAACCUUCAGCCAACCCAACGGCUCAGACAUCGGCCCAACCAUAGGCCCAGGCAUCGGCCCAGGCAUCGGUCCAGGCAUCGGCCCAACCUUUAGCCCAGCCUUCGGCUCAACCUUCGGCCCAGUCUUCGGCUCAACCUUCGGCCCAGCCAUCGGCCCACCAAUGGGUCCCUUCGGGUGGCCCUGGCGGAGCGUUUGGCCUUCGCGAGGGGGGCUGAAGGCUGUCGCUGGAGGCAGCGCGCAGCCGCCUAGCAAGUUCGAUGAGAGCGACACCAAGAUGCCUCAACCUCCUUCCAUCCACUCAAGAAAGACCUGAGUCUCGGGCGAAAAUGCCAAUUUAUCAUUCUAUUUACAGUCGCUUACCAAUGGUGUGUGUGGAGGGGGGGCAAUGUGGGUUUCUUCCUGUCUUUGUUUACGCAAGGAGUAGUUACUGCUUCAUCUUUUAGGAAUUGUAUUAUUAGAAACUUCGAGAUAUUUUUGUCGUUCAGCCCUUAACGGAUUUUACAAAAUCAAAUCGAAAGAAACGCCCAAUGUAAUCACUUACUGCAAACUCCGGAGUUUUCUUACAAGCAGGGCUGCCAAUAAUCACUUUAAAAUAUUAAUUAGUAUGAGUCGAUGUAGAUAACAAUCGACGGUUGUGCAAUCUGAGAAACGUGAUGUAUGUUGACCGGGUUCUUCAAAAAAUAAGUCUCUGCGGAAAGGACCACAAGUACAGAAAAUAAUUUCAAUAUGUGAUAAUAAAACUGAAAAUAUUUUAAAACAAACAUGCAAAAUAUUAUUAUACCGAGGCGCAUCUAGGUAUUCAGACGCUCAUGGCAAGCGUAGAAUUUACGCCCCUGACAAAAUAUUUUAAAUUACGGUUAUUUGUUUUAGUGUGAACCCUCUGAAAAGCGCCUCUGGUGAGUGGCGCCCAUGGCACGUGCCGUGCAGGGACGGUUGCAAAUCCGGACUUUUCGUUUGUUACCUUCUUUUAUUUGGCAAAACUGAUUUAAAUAUUCAUUAAAAUUAUGUAAUUAUUUAAGAAAUAUUGUGUAGUAUAUAAUAUACAAUAUAAUUAAAAUGUUUAUUACUUAACAAAAAUC